AUGCCUCGGAUUAACAUUAAGGGAGGUGUUUGGCGAAACACGGAGGAUGAAAUCUUAAAAGCUGCUGUUAUGAAAUAUGGCAAAAAUCAAUGGGCUCGGAUAGCAUCAUUGUUACAUCGCAAAGCCGCUAAACAAUGUAAAGCUAGAUGGUAUGAAUGGCUCGAUCCUAGUGUCAAAAAGACGGAAUGGAGCCGUGAAGAAGAUGAGAAGCUUUUGCACUUGGCAAAGCUGAUGCCAACACAAUGGCGAACAAUAGCUCCGAUUGUUGGUAGAACCGCAAAUCAGUGCUUAGAGCGUUAUGAAUACCUAUUGGAUAAAGCGCAAAACAGGGAGGGAUUAUCUGCCGAAGAAGAUCCAAAGCGUCUUCGACCGGGAGAAAUCGACCCAAAUCCUGAAACUAAACCAGCUCGUCCAGACCCCGUUGAUAUGGACGAGGAUGAACUAGAAAUGCUUUCAGAAGCUAGAGCAAGAUUGGCCAAUACCCAGGGUAAGAAAGCAAAGCGUAAAGCUAGAGAACGUCAACUUGAAAUUGCUCGAAGAAUGGCUAUGAUGCAAAAACGUCGAGAGCUUCGUGCAGCUGGUCUAGGAACAUUUCUAGGCCUGAUGCCUAAAACAAAACCAUGCAUGGAUUAUAAUUCAGAGAUUCCAUUUGAAAAACAACCACCGAAAGGAUUCUUUGAUACGAGUGCUGAGAAACCAGAAAUUAAACCUAUGGAUUUUCAGCGUUUACGACUUUCUGAUAUUGAAAAAGAAAGUUAUAUGGAAAGGGAAAAACGAGAACGUAAAAAAGACGCCGAACGUCAAGCUAAACGUAUGCAAUCAGAUUUACCUGGUCUUAUUCAACAACGUGGUAAUUCUUUGGAUGAACCAUUGUUAAAACGAUCUAAACUUGUCCUUCCUGCACCUCAAAUAUCUGAUUUAGAAUUGGAAAAUUUAAUCAAAGUUGGUCAAGCCGGUGAAAAUGCUGUCAGAAUGGCUAUUGAAGAUUCUGUUGGCGAAAUGGGCUCUGCAACACAUCCUUUGUUACCAGAGUGUCCUACAGGGGGAUUUGCAACGCCUGCUUUAAGUCUUCAACGUACUCCAAUGGCUAUGAUAGAUACUGUAACAAGAGAAGCUCAAAAUAUUUUAGCCUUACAACAAGUACAAACUCCACUGAAAGGUGGUGAAAAUACUCCAUUAGUUGGGGAAUCCGAUUUCUCCGGGACAACACCACGUCUACCAAGUAAUCUAUCAACACCGAACAUUCUACUACCGACUCAAAUAGUUGGUGCCACUCCAUUUCGUACACCGAAUAUCAUCGAAAAUGGUACUCCAAAUGUUCUAAUGGGUGGUGGUGCUAUCGGCAGUAAUACACCUGGUCCAAUGAGAAUGGGUGAACAAAAUGGUCCAAUACCCAUGAAUAAUACACCGUUAAGAAAUCGUCUUAAUAUCAAUUCAUCAAUCGACCCGAAUAAUAUCGAUGCUCUUGAUCAUCAAGAUGGUGUUGGUGGUGCUGCUGCUGGUUUCUACGAUAUCAACAGUGUAAAAACAAAUCUACGCAAAAGUCUAGCUAAUCUUCCAACACCGAAGAAUAAUUUUGAAAUAUUUAUCCCCGAUGAGAAUGCAGUGAAUGGUGAUGAUGAUGAUAGUACUAUGGGAGAGAAUGGUGCUGGUGGUACUGUUGAUAUGGAUCAAUUUGAAGAGGAUAAAGGAUCUGCAGCAAAAAUUCCUGAUCAAUCAGAUUUAGACAGACAGUCAGAGAUAGAAAGAGCCAGAGCUGCUGAAUUAGAAUGGUCUAAGCGUAGUCAAGUGGUGCGUCGUUCACUUCCUAGGCCAUCAGCUGUUAAUCAUACAGUGUUACGCAAUAUGCCGGGUGGUGGUGGUGGUGGCGGUGGUGCAACAAAUCAACCACCUCAACAAGAAGCGAAUAUGACUGAUUUGCAAAAGGCUGAAGAAUUAAUUAAACAAGAAAUGGUGACAAUGAUGCAUUAUGAUAAUUUGAAUAAUCCUCCACCGAAUCAACUGUUGGAUGCAGCGAAACAAGCUCAACAACGACGUUAUCUACAACAAUUGAAAGCUACACAUGAAAGCUUUUUAAAAGACUCCCCGUAUGAACCAUUCAAUCCAGAUGAUUUAAAAGAGGCGGAGAAGCUACUUGAAGAAGAAAUGCAUGUUGUACGCAAUGGUAUGGGUCACGGUGAAUUGUCAGCUGAAGCUUAUGCAAAAGUUUGGCAUGAAUGUCUAAGUCAAGUGCUGUAUUUACCAGCUCAUAGGCGUUACACACGAGCUAAUCUUGUGACAAAACGUGAUCGUAUAGAAUCACAUGAAAAACGGCUGGAUCAGUUGCGUCAUCUUAUGGCUGAAGAAGCGAAACGUGCCGCGAAAAUAGAAAAGAAGUUGAGAAUUCUACUUGGAGGUUAUCAGUCACGUGCUCAAACUUUAAUGAAAGCUAUCGAAGAAAGCGUUGAUCAAAUUGAACAAGGUUACAUGGAGCUGACCACUUAUGAACGACUUCAUGAACAAGAGCUAUGCGCUAUCGCAAGACGUUCUGAUGUGUUAGAGGCUGAUGUUGAACGCCAACAGAAACGACAUGCUGAUCUUCAACGUGAAUACGGCCGACUGAUUCGUAUCCGUGAAGAACGUGAAGCUGAUGCUUUCUUAGCAAGUAAUAUGGAUUUAAUUGGUGACAGUGAAAUGUCGACGGCCACCGCCACCACUGAUGGUGGUGGUGGUACUACUGGUAAAACUGUAUCAGCUGUAAGCGAAACUAAUCACACCGACUCCGCAUCAUCCAUGACGAUGAUGGUGAAUGGAGGCGAUAAAACGGCUACAACACGUAAAUGGAUUGCUGUUACACAAGUGGAAGAUGUGAAUAACACGGAUCAUCAAAUGAUGGUUGAUGAAGAUGUUGAAGAAGGGGAAGAACAGACAACGAAUACUGUCCUCAACCCUUCUAAUCAUUUGAACAAUGUCAAUGGUGAUACAAACAGUCUUAAUCAUAAUGAUAUAUCCUCAUUGAAUAAUAAUAAUAAUGAUAAUCUCACCUCAGAUUCAGAAUCAACUAAUGUGAAUAUGAUGGUGGAAUCAGUUGAACAGACAAUUAGUUCACACUGA